CCCUAGAGUACUUCAUCAGCUUAUAUAUUGCAAACCUCUUCACACAUUUCUGGGUUCGUUCGCCGCCGUCGACGUAAUUUGCUUCUUCAAAUCCUCCAUCUCCGACGUUGUUCUUUCUCACCGGAAUCCACGAUGGUGGCUGCAAAGAAGACCAAGAAGACUCAUGAGAGUAUCAACAACAGGCUCGCUCUUGUUAUGAAGAGCGGGAAGUAUACAUUGGGAUACAAAACUGUUCUCAAAACAAUUAGAAGUUCCAAAGCAAAACUUGUCAUCAUUGCCAACAACUGUCCUCCUAUCAGGAAGUCUGAGAUAGAGUACUAUGCUAUGUUGGCAAAGGUUGGAGUUCACCACUACAACGGAAACAACGUAGACUUGGGGACUGCCUGUGGUAAAUACUUCAGAGUUUGUUGCCUCAGUAUUAUUGACCCAGGUGAUUCUGAUAUUAUUAAAAGCUUGCCUUCUGACCAGUGAAAGAGGCAUUUGAUUUGAUGCUGUUUUGGAUCCUAUUCAGAAGUUGCCCGAUUGUUAUUAAGAAAAAGUAGCUACAAUUGAUGAGUUUGACAACUUCAUUUAUCACUUGUUGCAAGAAAGUUUUGAUGUUGAAUCUGAUUUUAACAAUUUUCUUGAGUUAUCUUUCCAUCUACUUUGUAGACUUUAAUCUGUUCUGCUCCCCUUCUCUUGGUUGAAUUUCCAUUACCCUUGUGUUAUUUACUUUCUGGUCAGUUAGUUAUCUGCCAGAUUAAUGAUGAAAUUCAACCUUAGUUAA